AUGAAUCACUGUGAAGUAAUUAGAAACAUUUAUUAUUCGGAAUUACAUUUUUUUUUCAAGCUGUUGUCUGAUCCGGAUAAUUCCUUCAGACUUAUUCGCCGCUUCAGUCUGGAGGGUGCAAAUAAAACACUCGCUUCUUUUCCUGUUGAAGUGCCGAGUAAUCGUCCAUCCACACCAUCUAUAACCGUUCUCGAUGUCUACGAUAUAGCGGCUUCAAUUGGAAAAGAAUUCGAGGCUAUCAUAGAUAAAUAUGGGCCCUAUUCAGUGUCCAAUUUGAUGCCCAAGGUGAUAAGUGUUCUUGAGGAAUUAGAAGACUUUGCAACAAGAUUCGAAUCAGAAGGAAGGGAAAUAAUAACUCUUCAGACUGCUGUACAUCGUUUAGAACUUGAGAAAUUAGACCGGAAAGAAGAUCAAAAUAGACAUAAAAAGGAAUUGGAACAGAUUGAAGAGACAUGGCACUCUGAAGUUCAAGAACUCCUUCAAUUAAUUGAAAAGUUAAAAGAAGAAAAUAAGCAGCUUAAAGAUGCUAUUGAAGAUAAAGAAACAUCGAACUGUCAAUCACCGGCUCCGAGCAGUUCAAAGGUUCCUACAAAUAUUGAAGAGAUACAACUAAUGAUACGUUUAAAAGAAAUCAUAGAUCGUCAAAAAAUACAAAUUCGAUCAUUGCGUCAACAAUUAGCUCAAAAACAUGUUGAUUUGGAUGCGAUGCAACAGCAAGCCACACGUUUAGCUAAGCUGAAUGCAGUACUUCGUCGUAAACAUUUUGUCAGCAAACGACAAGCUGAUCAGUUACGCGAUGAGAAAAUAACCUUGGAGACGUUGCUUAGUACAAAAGAGCAAGAAAUUAAACAAAUCCAAGAGCAUGUUUGCCAUAAUAACAACAAUAGUGAUAAUAGUGCUAAUGAAAAUACUGUAGAGUCACCUAUAUGUCCUGAUAUGUCACAGUCUUUGAUUGCUGAAUUAAUAUCCCCGGAGACUCCGCCUCCGCAAUUAACAGAAGAACAGUUAGUUGAACGACUUAAUAUUGAAGGCAAAAUGAUCAUUAAUAAACAGGAUCCAAAUCGUCCUCGCUUCACAUUUCAAGAACUUCGUAAUGUACUAGCUGAACGCAAUGAAUUGAAGUCACGUUUAAUUGAAGUUGAAGAAGAAUUGUUAGUUUAUAAAAAAGCUGGAAAUCCUAAUCGUCCCCGUGUAAAACGGUGGGAUGAAGCUCCUCCAGUAGAAGGUCCUAUUAAUCGAGAACCGGAUGAAAAGCUCUAUGCAACUCCUAGGUCAAAUUUAAGGGUCAAAAGAUUUUUUGAGAGUUUACUGUCCAAAUUAAGUCGAUAA